AUGGUCAACAUGGCUCAUGGUCAUCACCGUCACUCGCGCAUCGGCAAGCUAAUUAGCGCCAGGCGCCGCGCGGCUGUUGAUGAAGAUGCGGGCUCUGAUUUAUUGGAGGAUGAUCCAUUUCAAAAUUCCAUCCUCCCCGCAGUCAUACUUCCGGAUGAAAAUUGCGACUCGAAAAACUCUCUGUGUCUGGAGCAUGCCGUGAAUGAAUCUGAUCCAUUGCUUGAAAAGCGGGACGAGACGACCUCUGCCGAUCCGACUCUUAUUGAGACUGUAUUGCAGAUAGUCGAUGCUAGCUCACAUACUCUCUUUCAAUCGACCGCUACUGACUUUCCGAUGACGAUAUCAGAUUCUACGGGCGCCAGUUACACGCUACCGGGCUCGGACAGCUUGACUACGACUGCGAGUGAGACUGCAAGUGCAAGUGUCUCUAUAGAUUUAGGGCUAUUGACCUCGCCGACGCCUACCCCUGCUACCCAGCCAACAACGUCGCCGCUAUCCGAAACAUCAUUUUCAAGCAACUCCACGAUCUCAACUCAAACUUCUUUGACUACCACAAACUCCACAACUCAACUUACAUCAGCAUUAAGACAUACCUCAGCAACAGUCAUCAAUUCGCCUGGAUGGACUUCAACUCCACUCCUCGGUCCUUCUAGCUCUACGCCCUCUGUUACGACAACAUCAGCGUCAACGUCAACGUCAACGUCAACCCAGGUGCACAACUACUGGUCAUAUUCCAGCUCUGGCUCCGACUCCGGUUAUGACCCCAGCUCUGGUUCUGGUUCUGGCUCUGGCUCUGGCUCCACUUCCAGUUCCAGCUACUCAACGAUCCCGACCUCCAGCACAGACUACACAACCUCUUCGUCAGGUGUAUACGGAGGUGCUGAGUCAACUGGCUCAGCGACUGGUACCGGAUCCGCGCCAACUACAAGUGAAACGAACGCCUCGGGGGAUCCGACAAUCGAUCCCGAGACAUCUAAAAUCGUGGGCGGUGUAGUAGGAUCAGUUGCCGGUCUCGCCCUCAUUCUUUUCCUUAUCUUUUACUACCUCCGCCGCCGAGGAUUCCUUAUGGGCAAAAUGGGACGUCCCACCAUGUUAGGUGACGCGGCAGCGGGGGCUGGAGCAGGGGCCGGGUCUCGAGAAGUCGUCGAGCGACGUGAAAGCAACGAUCCCCUCUUCACAGCCUCAUACUUCGCCCCCGCCUUCAUGAAGAAAUGGCGCCAGUCAACGGCAACAGCGCGCUCUGGUAGCACCAUCGACUCUGCCCCCAGCGAACGCGGGUUCCAAAAGAUUUCCGGCAGAAAGCUUCCCCCUGUCUUCACCCACGGGGGCGACGGAUAUGGCGGCGGACUAGACGGCGAUUCCCCCACCAUCCCAGGCUUUACUCCCACCUCCCCAGCAACGGGACCAAUGGGAUCACCCUCCUAUGCUCCGCCCCCAACCUCGCAAUAUGGUGGCAUGCCCCUAGACUCAAAAUACACCCGCGAGGUCGAAGAACACACCCCACCCUUACGGUCUAACCCCGUACACCUUCCUAUCUCCAGUUCGGUCAAUGUUGCUACCCCGAUCACUAUCACACCGGCCCACCCCGUUGCGCAACCCCAGAGCGCAAUCCCCUUUGCGCCGCGGCCGGAUGCGCUCGGCCGCAGUUUGCAUAGUUUCGACGGGAGUCGAAGCAGCCGCUUCACUGAGGUUAUUGAUCCGUAA